UUUGUUUUCCUAGCUACGGUUACACUGUUCAAACAGCUUAUCGAAAAAAUUUCGGAAAAAUAAAGUACGGGUACAAGUGUAAAGGAAAUUGCAGAUAAAUCCGGGUUAUCUGCUGAAUUAUGAAGCGAGCGCGCCAGCCCAAAAUAACCACGCAGGCCCUGCUCGAUUUUGACCUGGGCGAGAGUUCAUCAGACAGUGAUUUUCUCCCAGACAUCGACAACUGCUCGGACGGAUCAAAGGAUGAGAGCGAUGGAGAUGAGAGCAGCGACGGCAGCAGUGACUCCGAUUCUGGUUCGGAUUCGGAUGCGGAAAGCGAGGAUUCGACGUUGCAGCUGCGACAAUUGCUGGCCGAGACGGAGCCGUCGCCGAUGGAGAAUGGAAUUAACGGAGUGGACCACGGAGAAGCUAAUACUCCGUCAGGUGGAGUUCCCCGACCACCUCUCCAGCUAUCUAGUGCUCCGGCUAAGAGAAUGUGUUGCGUCUGCCUAGGUGAACGCAGUGACGAUGUCAACGAGAUCGUAGAGUGCGAUUCCUGCGGUGUUUCUGUCCACGAAGGAUGCUAUGGCGUCAGUGACAACGUGAGCAUCUCUAGUACCAAUUCCACCUGCUCCACGGAACCUUGGUUCUGCGAGGCUUGUCGCGCUGGUGUCUCGGAGCCUGACUGUGAACUAUGCCCUAAUAAGGGCGGUAUAUACAAAGAGACGGACGUGGGCAAGUGGGUACACCUAAUAUGUGCUUUGUAUGUGCCAGGUGUGGCCUUCGGUGAGGUUGAACAGCUAUCCUCCGUGACGCUGUUCGAAAUGCAGUACAGCAAGUGGGGAGCAAAAGUGUGCUCCCUUUGCGAAAACGCUCUAUUUGCCCGUUCUGGUGUUUGUAUUGGUUGUGAUGCAGGCAUGUGCAAGACCUAUUUUCACGUUACUUGCGCCCAGGUGGCAGGCUUCUUGAUUGAGGCUCACCAUGAAGACGACGCCGCUGAUCCGUUCUACGCACACUGCAAAGUGCAUUCGGAGAAAGAGAUGAUCAAGAAACGGCGACGCAACUACCACACAUUGCGUCUGAACAUGUUGCAAAGGGCAAGGGAAAAGGAAGCGACAGCUGGCGACCACGAGGCACCUGCUCCUCAUCCGAACCCAGCUCAAGCCCGCAUACAGCGCAAACUUCUGAAGAUCCAACACAAAUACGCCCGGCAUAAGGAGCUGAAACCUACUCCGUGGGUACCAACUCAGAAAAUGUCGCGCCUACUUACCACGUCGGCCUCCGCAUGUCGUCGUUUACUGGCCAAGGCGGAAAUUAUGUCGGUGGAUGUGCAACAUCUGGAGCAGCGUGAAGCACACAUCAAUGCCCUGACAGACAUCCGUAAGAAAUGGCACAUUGCGCCGGCCUUUAGUGUUGAGUUUACUGCCUACUACAUGGACCGCAUAGUUCGUAUGGAUGACUUCCGUCAACAGCAGCGGCAACUUAUCUCGCAUAACGCCAUUCUGUCCAAGGAUCAGGACGUGCUAAGGUCUCAGUAUGACACUGCUUUGGAGGAGCGUAAGGCCGUGAAGGCCACUAAGGAUUCUCUUCUAGCGAGCAUAAAGUCAUUGCACGCCACUUUGACACAAGUUGCACCCAACAUGACUCUGCCUAGUGUGGAUCUCAUUGCGCAUCCUUUGCCAGAGGCUCCUCCUAAGACGAGUACGCCCACUCCUCCCCAGCGACCCAUUUCAGUACCCACAGCAGCUGCCCUAAAAAUGGGAGUCGGGUUUCCGUUGGGUCACCUAGGUCCGCCAGGCAGUAAGCUGGACUCUUCACGUAUGCUCAGUACUCAAGCCAAACAGGGCAAGCACAGCAGUUCUUCGGCCUCCGUUGAUGCGGCCCCGUCGGUGGCCUGUGGCAUUUGCAAACGAAGCAAAGAUCAGCACUUGUUGGUCAAAUGUGACACAUGCAACCUGCACUACCAUUUGGGCUGUCUAAAUCCACCGCUCACCCGUCCGCCAAAGAAAUCGAAACAAUAUGGCUGGCAAUGCUCCGAAUGUUGCGACAAGUCCGAUGGCUCUGAUGGCGUCACCGAAAUCUCCUCAGGGCCGAGAAAGUCCCGUACUCGUUUCAACAAGGACGGUCACCUGGUUUAUAUGGAUCGAUAUUCCCUAGACGAUGUACCAGUGGCUGCUCUAUUCUCCCCAAAGGAGGUUACGGCCAAGCGGACGCUCAAUAAAACGUUGCCAACUCCUGCCCCGGAUUACGUCGAGGAUCUGACCAAGUCACCAAAACGUCCAAAACUUCAAUCACCGUCUAAAACACCAACUAAUGUUCCUGCCUCUAAUGUUACUCCCACAACCGCAGCUGCUCAUGCAUUGCCAACACCAACACCCAAUACGAACGCCUUAAAUCUAUCUGGCUGCGAGGACUCCAUAGACGGAAAACUAUCUCGCAAGGGUAAACGAAAGGAUAAGCACAAGAACAAGCACAACCUGUCGUCAGACACGGAGAAGUCCAUCGGCAAGGAGCACAAACGAAAGCGAAAAAAACGGGCCCACCUCGACGAGUCGUCGUCCCACCUAGACAGUGUGGCAAACACCUCCGGAAGCACCAUCAAGAUCAUAUUCAAAGCUCUGCGUCUGCCCGGCGAGGAUGCACCCGAAUCUCAGUACUUCUACGUUCCGGCCAAUGCGGUGCGGUCCGUUGAUGAAGCAUCACGCCCAACCUCGGUUGAAACAGUUGAGGAUAGUGUACAAGGAACGGAACAGGCCUUGGCUCCCGUUUUGCUGCCGACAGCGUCGCCGCCAAAGGUGCGGGAGCCCAAGGAGCCUCCUUCCACCGCUCAUGCAAUCGCAACACAUUCACCCAAGCGAAAGGUCAGUCCCCGAAAGGCAAGCCCCCGGAAGACGCGUGUGGGACGUCCCAGAGUGUCCAACUCCAAGCCAGUUGUAGAGAUUAGUUGUUGCGUUUGCAGUCAGACCGGCAAAACGAACCAAGUGGUAACCUGCGACGAGUGCCACCGACACUACCACUUUGCCUGCCUUGAUCCUCCACUGAAGAAGUCACCCAAGAUACGGGGCUACUCUUGGCACUGCGCCGACUGCGAUCCUACGGAUGAGGAUGCACUGCCCAAGAAAUAGGAACUAAAAUUGUUUACGUAUUUAUCUUAGAUUUUUUACCAUUUUAGGAUAAAAUAUCUUGAUAGAUCAUGCGAUAUUUACAAAACUGAAAUUGAACAUUACACAAAAUUAUUCAUAGAUUAUACAUAAUAAAAAAAUUAUUGAAACUAUUUGUUUGUAAUGAAUUUAUAUUUCGGGAAUUUGGAUUUUAGAACUUUUAAUUGUUGCCAAAUAUACAACUCUGAAUAUAAUUAUUUUUCUAAAAUACAAAAAUAUCAGUAUGGCAAGGAUUAUUUAGUAAUACAAUCGCGUUAUUAAUUAAUCUUUAUAAAUUGUGUAUAUUUCCCUGAUAGUUUGUUCACUUCCUUGGUUACUUAUUAACAAAUCCUGGAUUUGCACUCUACUCCCUAAAAUAUAAAAAUCUUAGC